AGGAGGAUUUUAGAUUAUAAAAAUCCACUCUUUCUCAGGUUUCAAACACAAAUUAUUCAGAAUCCUGUUUUUUGACCUCAAAAACUCUCGAACACUCAGAGCAGAGACAUGGAGGAGCCGGUGAACGACCAGUGCCAGACUACAGCAAAUUCUGGUAACGUAGGCUCGGAGAGGCCGAAGCUUCAGCGGUACCCGCUGCGGUCGGGGACGAAGUCCAAGGAGGAAAAGCCACCGGUCCCUGAAUUGCCAAACCAUUCUGCGUCCAAGCGGGGGAUCUCUACAUCAAGUGUAAGUAAAAGCGUUGGUGUUCUUGAUCUAUCUAGCAAGGAGAAGUCUGCCAAGCCACCUAGAAGGCUCUCUAUUCCUGCCAAGUCCACUGUCAGUCCAGUCCCAAAACUAGGUGGCAACAUCACUCCAAUAUCAGAGGUUAGAACGAGGAGGUCUGUUAUUAGUCAGGGGAAAAGUGAGACACCUGUUUCUGAUGUUUCAAGAUCAACAAGCCGGAAGAAGUUCAGCGUUUUGUCCUCAGCAUCAUAUUGGCUCUCUCAGAUUAAGCUCUCUGAAUCUGCUGCUAAGCACUCAAUUUCACUUGGCUUUUUCAAACUAGCCUUGGAGGCAGGAUGCGAGCCUCUUCAGCGAAUGCGGGAUGAACUCAAGUCCUAUACCCAGCGACAUAACCUCAGUGAACUUGGGGAGCUUGUGAAGGAAUUAUUUGAAAGGUAUGAUAUAUCAGAACACAUGGAGCAGUUGCAGGUCUCUGAAACCAUUUCUCAGGUGCCUGAAGAGGGAACUCGAUCAUCUGAUGAUGAUGUCCAAAGCUCUUCUUCUACUGGGGGAUCUAGGAAACUGAGGCCCAGGUCUUUGAACACUGAUGCUACUCAAUCUUCUCCAGUUGCUGAAUCGGCUAAGAAGGGAACUAUUCAGAAGAGUAAUCGUGCAACCAGGACAAGGGGAUCUGUAAAUAAGAAUUCUGCAAAUUCAAAACCUGUUUCAGAGACAGGUGGUCAUAAGUCGCUAAAGAAACCUGAGAAGCCAAAUAAGGUGGAAUCAAAUAAAGAAAAGGACAAGAUCAAGCGGGGAAAGAAAUCUGCUCCUGGAACAGGCAAGGUUCAAGUGAGCACUUUGCCUGCCGAGGAUAUGCCCCAGGAAAACAAAGAAAAUAUGGAUUCUCUCUCAAUGGAAGAGAUCAGCCCGACUGAAGUCUUGUAGACAUUCUGCAACAAGACUGCUGGACCUUGUCAUUCUCAUUCUCUUGGGUUUGUCUUCAGUGUUAUUAAAUUGGGGGCUUUUCAUUUGUAUAGAAAGGGUUUAAGGUGAAAGUGUUUCAGUCUGGCGUGUGGAAGAUGAUUUUAGUUUUCUUUUAUUGGUGGUUUUGUUUGUCUAGUCUUAUACAGUUGCUGGUGAAAUUUUUUUGCAUUCCAAUGUCUCUUCUUAUUUUAUUUUAUUUU